AUGCUACAACCUGUCACCGUAACCGGCGCAGCUUCCAGUCCGCGAAAGCUGCAGAAAGACCAUAACCCGCGACAUUCGUACCGAAAGAGCUUUCGAUAUGCUUCUCCGCGCUGCAGCUCCCUCUUGCACGGCAGCAGGAAUGAUAGCCAAAGCCCGCUCUGCUUUGAUGGGACGGGAGGGCCAGGACUGUAUUCAAAUAGGAGCAGCUUGAGCACAAACGGCUCCUCGAUUGGUGCUCAUCCGUCCACGACGCGCUCGCUGCGCGUGCAUACCAAAGGCGCGCUGCUGACCUCCGGGUUUCCCUAUCAUCCUGGCCUCUUUGACUUGAGAAUCCAUCGCAUCAUGUGGGAGAAGUUCACAAGCCAGAUUGUAGACAGCAUGAAAUUGUCUCCGGCAGAGCGUGCGAAGGUGUGGGCUGUCAGCACAGCGGCUGCGGUCGCUACACCCGACAACUACCUCGUCGCGCGCAACAAGAGCCAGCAAAUAUUAGAGGACAAGGUGAAAGAGGGGCUCAUUUCUACGGCACCGGCAAGUCUGGCAUCGAUCAUCCGGGAGUGGAAUGAGGGAUAUUUUGCGGAGCGAGGACUGCUCGCUCGUCUUGAGCUCACCGAUGCUCCGCCGCCGGCUCAGCGAGGUGGACUUAUACCUCAGGAAGUGUACCUGAGACGAGUUCAGGCCGAACGCAAAUUCUCCAUUGUUGUCACUCGACAAUGGGAGCCUGAAGAUGUCCCACUCGAAGUUCUGAGAAGCUCCAGCCCAGCGAGCUGCUCUAGUCUAAAGCAUUCGGAUCACGGCACACCGGUCGAAAGUGCGUGUUCACCUCAUAUUACAGCAUUCAAGCCGUUACCGGAGUUCCCACUAGGAUCUGAUCCUUUACUCGACGUGGCGGCAGAACUAAGCCAUUUGACUUGCUACCCAUCUCCAGAACCUCCGCAGGCGAGUCAAUUCGCGGAGUUGGAGGGAGAUGUAGAGCUCGAAACGCACGUUGAAGAAAUCCCUCUGCCGUCGCAGUCUGGCUCAGAUGAACAUUCUGGCUUGGGCGUUCGCAAAACUCAUGUUCAACACGUCGAGAAGCCAGAGACUCAGGACCAGGCUCUGGCGGAAGUCUUAACAACGUUGGAUGCUACAAUCUCGCAUGAAAGACAGCAUGCUAACAAGGCAACCAUGAAUGGAUGUUUCCAUGGCAACCGGACGGCCAAGUCUGAGUCUGUAUCUGCAGGUCACGAACAGCUCUCGCGCGACUCAAGUGUUAUUGACUGCAGCCCCGAUGCAGCAGUUGCUGGGGAGAAAUAUCAUGAUCCGUGGAAGACGCAUCCUGCACAUCGAAGCCUGGUCGACAACAAUGCCGGGACCAACCGGUCUUCCAUUGAGGUGAUGGUUGUAGAAGACACUGGCGAACAUGUGCUUGCGCACGGACAUCAUCAAGAGGCCACUAGUUGGAGCAACAAUUGGCCACUUGACCUCGACGGCUAUUCGGGCGAAAUUGGAUGCAAGCAUUAUGAUCAGCCAGCCUGGGACGUUUGGCACGGCAAGCCCAACUGGCCGCUUGAGGAGUCCAUCCCGCCAUCACUCUUACCCCACAAUGCUCCGGCGAGCUGUAUACCGGUUGUCACGGAGAGUAGAUCCAUACACUCCCGAAGCGACCAGCCGCCCCGUGGGCCUGCACCUCGUAUCACGGAUGGCGACCCUAGACUUACGUCUGAAACCGCUCGAAAGGACAGGCCUUCGAAGAUUCCCCAACGGACUAGGCGCAAGGUAAGCGUCCUACCUGCCCUGGAAGUACAGCACGCGAAACCCGAGACCUUUGCUAAGCCGAUGAGAAGUCCGAGCGCUUCAUUCUUUCUGCCUCUCGAUAUGAAGGCCAUCAGUACUUCUUUGGACUUUGACACUAGGCUCAGAGCGAGGGAUUUGGCGAUAAUGCUCUAG